AUGGGUAUCUUGGGCUGGUUUAGGUUGGGUCGAAACGGGCUAAAAAGUCUACUGGGCUGGCUUAAUUUGGGCUCGCACUUCAGCUCACCGUCACACGAACUAGUCAGUUCAGUCACGAGCCGCGCAAGUUCCUUGGCGGCGGUGGCGGCGGCGGCGUACGCGUACGCCAAGCAGAGCACGGGGCCGUUCCGCCGGGGGCGUGGACCACCGACCACGUCGAGGGCGCCGUCAAGGCCGUCUUCGUUCCCGUCUACGACUGCGUCCCGCUCGACCUGCUCAAAUUCCUCGACCGGAAAGGAACUUUCGAAGGGUUUUGGCAUUGGUUUCAUGUUACUAUUGAAAUCAACUAAUACAGUAGCAAUUUGGGAUUUUUUUAAGAUGUCAAAAGCACUUGAGAAAGAUAAGGAAAUUGGUGAAGAGGAAGAGGAAGAGGAGUAUGUAUUGCUAGAGUUGGACAAUUGUCUUUAUUCAGACAUAUCGCCAGGUGCUCCGUUCGUACUCUCUGGUUUGGAUACAUUGACGCCUACCUUGAUAGUAGGUGACAGUCUGAAGAUGGUCUUGUACUGCUGUAGGUACUUUGUGCUUAGCUGCACUGGAUGCUACUUUGAAAUUCCCAAUUCGUUUAUUAGAGUUUCAGGGUCUAACCUGCUUACCAAGCGCGCUAGUCCUAAUGCUAAUGCCUUGUUUAAUGACAGAUCGGAGAAUAUGAAGAAACUAUUGGCACCUGCUAUCUAUUCUCUGAAAGUGAAGCUGAACCAAAACCUACAAGUGAACGAGAUGGCACCUUCUGAAGAAAACACAGACAAACCAGCUAGCAGCAGUAAGGAAGCACCCUCGAAGGAGGUGAACCAUCUCGCGAGCGUUCAAAAGAUCCUCAAAUUUCAGCCAAUCAAUGCGGAGCAUUCGCAGUAUCGAGCAUAUCAGCACAAGGACAAGGAACUCUAG